CACGGAUAUCAAUCACAACUUUCUCCAUAAAAGAGCAAUGGCAGAAGACAAGGCCAAAGAAGAAAGGGCAAAACAGGCAGAGAGAGCGAGGAAGCUGCUCGCUCAGAGAAAGAAGAAGAAAGCAGUAGAGGCUGGUACAGCGUCGGAAUUUCAGACACCUGCAUCAGUAGAUACUCCUACUUUCCCAUCAGCAAGGACAAGCUUGGAUGAUGCGCAGCCAGAGAGUGAGAAAUCCAAGAACGCUGACGCUAAAGACCAAGGAGUUAAACCAGUCGAUGUAAAAGUGGAAACUGAAGUAAUAGAGGAAGAAACACCGCAGGAGGCGGAUAUAAAAGAAAAGCCGCAACUUGAAGCUCGUCUCGAGGAAGCUGCUGUACCAAACCAAGAAACGCCCGACAAACCGGCACCAGUAGAAGAAGAAAGGUCUGCGCCGGAACCGCCUAAGGAGUCCAAGAAGAGCAAGAAGAAGGCUGCUAAGAAAGAAAAACAAGAAGCUGCUAAAGCAGCAGAGGCGGAAGCAGAAGCCAAAGUCCAGGAGGAUGCGGGAUCUGAGAAAGCGACCGAGGACGUUGCUCAGGUGGAACAAACUCCCGCUGGGAGCUCGCAGAAUGAGACCAAGGAGACUGAGACGUCUGAAGGCGUGAAACCAGCACCCGAAGCUUCAAGCAUUGAACCUAAACCUCAACCCCAAGCACAAGGGACUGUCAAGCACACAGAGGAAACCUCCAACGACUCCUUGGCUAAUCUUCAAGAAACUGUAUCCCUUCUCCUCAACGAACGUUCAGAACUCCAAUCCCAGCUAUCCUCCCUUCGCUCUGAGCUUGAAACGGCCCAGGGAGACACGAAACUCUUGGAACAAGGGCGAGAGUUAAUCAAGAACCUGGAGGGGGAGAAACGAUCAUUGGAAUUCCAAUUGAACGAGGUGCAGGAGAAGGCGGCUAGGAUUGAGGGUCUGGAAAGGCAAGUGAAGAGCACUGAAAACGACUUGGACGAGGUAAAGAAGGCGAAGAAAUAUCUGCAGGAAGAAAAGGAACGGUUGGAGUCGGAACUUGUGGCGCAACGAGAUGCUGAGAAAGAAAGAGUGGGAAAACUGGAAAAAGCUAUUGAAAGGUCAAGAGAAAGGGAAGGUGGUCUUGAAGCGGAGAUCAGAAGAUUACGGCAGAAUCAUAACGAACUUUCAAACAACCUGUCCAAUCUAGCCGCUGAUCUUGACUCCCUCCGGUCUUCAUCAGCCCUUACAGAGUCGACCCUUGCGGAUCUUCAAGCCGCCCACGCCACUCUCCGAUCUGUCCAUGAUCAGCUCAGUAGCGACCACUCUACCCUUAAAGACGAACAUUCACGACUAUAUUCUAAACAUUCUUUACUUCAAGAUACGCAUUCCUCUACAAACACCACAUUUAAGUCUCUCCAAGACGCACAUACCUCUUUGCAAUCCGAGCUUGAAUCCAUCAAAUCCAAAUUAAAUAACGCCACGAAACGCGCAGACACCGCCGAGAAGCGGAAGGCAGCUUUGCAGAAUGAUAACGAAGAAUUGUUUAAGCAGCUUGAGGAGGUGCGGGAAAAGGUCGUGCAAGCAAUGGAAGAGAAGGCAGUGUUGGCUAGCGAGGUCGAAGGGUGGGAGAUGAAGGGUAGAGGGUGGGAAAACACUAAGGCAGAGAUGGAGAAGGAUCUAGAAGUGAAAGAUGCUGAAGCUACGGACCUUCACGACCAAAUGUCAUCACUUGCAGAAGAAAACUCUUCCAGAGCAGAGCAAAUCACUUCUCUCUCCUCCCAGCUCUCCAAAGCUCAAGAACAGAUCUUCUCCCUCCAAUCAUCCCUACUUGCCGCACAAGCUGCUGCCAUCCCUCUCCCCGCUUCCCCCUUAGCGUCCACCUCUGCCCUUAGCCCUCCGCAGGAAAACCCCGACUUAUUGAGCACCGCUGAAGCAGCCCAUGCGCUGGAAGUGAGUAACCUCACAGCUGUCAUCCGUAGCUUGGAAGACGGAUUGUACAAGCGCGAAAUGCGAUUGCAUGAAUUGGAGAGACAGAUAAUGAAUCUUUCUGGCCGAUCUGGGACGUACAGGUCCACGAGCGGGAGUGGUAGUGGUAAUGGGGCCAAGGGAUACUUCUUCUCGCCGCCUGAUCAAGAGCCAUCAGCUCCCCAAUCGCCCACCAUUGCUCUUAAGCCGAGGUUAAAUCCUGUAGACGCCAUCCUCCCUCACUCAGUACGACAUAAACGUCAAGUAUCUCUCAAUGCUCUGAAAGCGAGAAUGGAACCUAGCAUGAGCCUUAAAGGUGCUUCGCCGCUGAGAGGUUCGAGAACGAUGGGCGAGAUCAAAGAAGAAGUUAAUAUGGGAGAUGAAGGAAGGCGAGAAAGUAUGGACAGUCGGAUCGUUGGUGUGAGAAAACAAUUCGGAGACGAGAUCAUGUUCUGCUGUCCCGCAUGUGAUGGACAUCUCAUCACACUCUAAACGUUUUCGCAUAUCGAAAAUGUUAAAAUAAUGCGUAAACAAAGAAUGAACAUUACUUGGAUUCAUGAGUGGAAGAAAAAGGGAUGGAGGUAUAGGUAUAGAUUCAUCCAUGCAUACAUCAUAUAC